AUGGAAGAGCUCGAGAACUUCAAGAGAGACAUGUCGUCGUUUCUUCACGUGGAGAAGAGCUCUCUUGGAAAGCUGCUCUCAAGCCUCGACAACGACAACCUGAAAGAAGAGCUCGAAGAGGUCUACAAGGCUAGAUCACAGCAACUGGGUGGUAAAGGAAAGCAUCAAGACUUGCAGGAGAGCACGGCAGCCAAGAGUAUUACAGCAAAGCGGAACUGGAGGCAAGAUGUAUCGCGUAUGGCGCACAACGCUGCAGAUGCAGAAAGCUUGAAGGAAACAUUACCCUCCAACAGAAGGAGAAGACAGAAACAAGGCGGGAAGCGAUUGAGAAGAAGUGUAGAUAUUACAAAGCUUGAGCGAGAAACGCAACAUCUACGACAAGAGCUGAAGAGCUUGACGCAUAGAAAGGGGAAACCUGUUCAUCACAGAUCAAAUAAUCACUCGUUUGAUUCCAAUGGCAGCAUACAGAAAUUUGCAAGCGGAAGUGGAGCAGAAUCAGGUCACAAAGACCAGUUGAUCCUGGAGUCUGAUUCUUCCGUGUCCGAAGAGAACUCGUUUGAAAGCAUCAGGACAGGUGAAGAGGUUGAUGCAGGUGAGAGGCCAGGCCCCGGCGAACACGUCCAAGAAUCUCUGUGCGAGGAGGUGGAGGAGGCGGCAGACGUCGUUGAGGAUGGAGAGGCGAUCGCUGAUGAGACUGACAAGCACAAGGACGAGGGGCUUAUAGCAGACGGUGUAGAUCACAGCAGCAGCACGCUCGAGCAUCAAACUGCAUCUGACAGUCCUGCCGCUUCACAGGAGCAACCGAGCAGUGAGAGAGAAGCAUCGGAAGAGAGCCUAAAGCUGUUCCAAUCAACGUCUCUCAGUGUGUUGAACAGGUACUGGCAGCUCUCCAAGGGUCAAGACAUCCUGCUUGAAUGUUUGAACCAGGAAGAGUCGGAUGUUAGAGAUGCUAUCCAUCUCUACGAAAACAAAGUCAAAGCUUAUAAGGAGCGACAGGCAAAGCAAGCAGCCAAAAUGGAAGAGCGGGACAAGAAAGAGGCGUUGAAGGCUUUCAAAGAUUCAGACAAGCAGAGCAAGCUGAAGAAGAUUGCCCUCGCUAACACGAUGAGGCACUACAACAGCUUGCAAGGGAUAGUAGCCAAGGCAGCCAACGCUCGACAGCUGUACCAGACCUUCAACGAGACAGUCAAGUGGAAAGAUGAUCUCAGCCCCGAAGAAGAAAUCGAGCUUUCAAACCUUCGGAUGCAAAUGCACAUCUCAGAGCAAAAGCUGGAGAAAGAAAGGGCGCAAUAUGAAAAGCAUGUCUUCGAGUCCUUCGUACAGGCUGCUCGCAAUGAGCAAGAGAAAUUGAGGUUGCAUACAAAUAUUCUCUUCAUGAGCGAGAAAAAUAUUCAAAUCCAAAAGGCUUUGCAGGUUCCACAUGUAUAUGCAUAUGACUACAAGAACACAGAUUUGAACACUAUUCUGUUGCAAAAUCGUCUGUUCUGUUUGAUUUUCAACCGAGCUUGCGCAUUUCAGUCUGAACGGAUGCUGGUCGUGAUGUACAAAUUUUAUUUGAAGAUGAAGCAGCGAGCGCUGGAGAUGAAGCAGGAGACCGCAACUUUCUUCAUCAAGCCCAACUCCAACUAUCGCGGGCAAUGGCUGGGGUCGCAAGCGCAUGGCUUGGGGGUGGAAUCGUCGCCCAGAGGAUGUUGCUAUGAAGGUCAGUACUACCAUGACCUGCGGCACGGGCUGGGAUCCUUCAUGAGUAAGUCGACCAUCUACGAGGGCAUGUGGUGGAGGGGAAAGAGACACGGCUCCGGCAUAGAGGGCAGGCUCGUCAAGCAGGAGGAGGACACCUGUGUCUUGCCCGUCGCCUUCGUGCAGUAUGAGAACGGGCAUCGAGUGGGGAUCAGCCGGUUCAACAUGCGCGUGGAGAUGCAUUCUUACCUGCUGGAGAUGGUGCGACGCGUUCGAUUCAACGCACAAGACGUGGCGAGCAAGGCAGAGGAGAAUCAGAUCCUUGAGGAGAUCGUGAGUGAAUCGAAUCCCACCACUCCAGUCUCCUCGGAGCCCUCGCACAAACAUCUCUUAAACCUUGUCGACGAGAGUCGGUCAGAGGAGAAUGCGAGGAACAAGGAUGGGCAUCCGCGUGGAAGAGGAGACAAGAAGGCGACGCAGGCUGAAGUCUACAAGAGGCUGCUCGACUCCAAACAAGACUUUGCCGCCAUGUACAGCCAGAUCGGAGACUCGAUCAAGACUCUGAACCAAUCCACCGCGGUCGGGAUGAAGACCAUUGAGAAGCUCGUGGAAGAGAAGGGGCUCAAGACAGGAAAGCUCUACGGGCUAACAGAAGAAGAAGCAGCUCUGCAAGGCUCUCACGCCCCCAAGUCCCCCUCCCAGGAGAUGAUCACCAACGUGCUGCAGUCAGAGCAAGUCCCCCCAGUCCUGAUCGAGCGCAUCGUCGACUUGUACUUCAAGCUGCAUCUCGACGGCAAGAGGCUCAACGAGGCCGACGGGGAGGAGCAGCGACGCAGGCAGGAGGUGUUGGAUCUCACCCACGGCUCCACCUGGCACGUGUACAACCCCGACAACGAAACCUUCAAGAUCCGCAAAGUUCUUCUGUCAGACGGGGGCGAGCUGGGGAGUGCAGUGAAGAGGAAGAAAGGCUCUCGGGUCGGCCUGUUCCCCACGAUUAACCUCGCGGGUAACGGAGCACCUCUGAUCAAUGUGGAACGACCAAAAGCCAUGAACGUAGGGAGGUUCCACCAGCAAGCGAAUGAAAACUUUGCUGGCGGUAAAGAGAUGAAGUCCUUGUUGGUCCCAUCGGAGCUGACCUUCGAGCAAGCUAUCCUUCAGUUCAACAAGAAGAACCACCGAUACAUCAUCGUGCAACCGGGCAACUACAGGCUGCGGGAGACCAUCGUGAUUGACAAGGAGAUUCACAUUGUGGGGGAGGACGGAGUGAAGAUCCACGGGAGGUUUGUGGUCAAGUCAAGUUACCCGUGCUCCUUCAGGAACCUCAUCUUCACCUACCAGGCCAACCCCAACUCCAAGGAGUUCCAGAAGCUGAUGCACGUGAUCCAGGGUGAAGUGACGGUGGACGAGUGCGCGCUGCUGUGCUCCAGGGGCUACAGUCUGUGGAUAGAGGGGAGGUCUGUGGUGGAAUGCAACAGGAGCAUCAUGGCGGGAUCGGACGACUGCCUGGUAGAGGCGCUGGCUGCGUGCGUCAUGAUGGAGUACUCGCGCGGGAACUUUCAUUCCUGCUGGUUCCAGAACUGCGAGGAGAGCUGCCUCUUCCUUGACCAUGACGCUCAGUGCCGCCUGCUCCACAGCAAGUUGCACAGCUCGGACAUCGGCAUCAUCUUGAACAACCGCAGCUCGGCAGUCCUCAACGACUGUGUUCUCAAGUUGUUCCGGAGGGGCGUGUUCGGUGAAUUGGCGGCCCGAGGAGGCUCGAAGAAGACUGAGCUUCUCCUGCGCAAGUGUGACAUCCAUGGAACCUUGUGGGGGUUGGGGACGAAACCCCAGAGGUUUAUGACGAGUGACUGCAAAAUGGUGGAGGGCAAAUGA